GCUACCGACAGAUCAUUCCACGCUCAGUGCUUCAACAGCCAGGAUCAAACACACACAUCAUCCUAGUCCCUCCGUGUGUCUUUAAAGUUUUCCCCCCCUUUCGGAGUUUUUCAUUCCCACCUUUCCGUCGUUCUAAAGUUCAGCUGGUUCACACACCCGAUCUUGCCGCGCGUGUGUGUGUGUCCGUACCAACAGUGCUUAACCAACGUCCACCAAGUGCGGGAGCUGCAAACUGUGAUACGUCGCGUGGUGCUGAUACUAAAUUCAAACCAAUCAUCACUAUGAAUCUAUUCACCGUCUUCUUCGCUCUCGUGCUGGCCGUAGCCACCGUCGCCGGACAACGAUUCGGGUUCCCGCACACGGCCCAAUUCGGGCUUGCCUCGCUGACCGGUGACUUUGGUGGACCGACUGCAUUCGGUGGACAGGAUUUGUCAGGUACUUUGAACGCUGGUGUCAGAGAUCCAAGACAGAACCGAGGACCUGUUGUGUUCCCGCCCGCACCCGCUGAUGCUCCAGUUGAGUCGAGCGGAGUCAUUGUCGGUGCUUCCGGAUACGGUUUCGUGCCACCGAAUACGCCCCAGAAUUACUACUAAAUGCCUACGUCCUGCAACGCACAAAGCCAACCCCAUCCAACCCUACCAACCCUUCCCAUGUCCCGUCAAUACCGUUUCCUUCUACAAAUCCGAUCAUCGUUAAACCGGGUCCACUCCUAAGGCACUGAUGGGAUGCGUAAAGGGACGAACGAUACGAAGUGUUCCCCAGACUAAAACCACCGACUGGAACCACAAGGGAUACUUUGUCCUCUCGGAAGCUUUGUGUGUUUUUGUAUUUGUGUUGUGUGUGUCAGGGUAUGUGUGUAGUUUACCACUCCAUGUAACUAAUGCGAAACAAACACCCCUCGUAAACUCGCUUCCCCGGAAACCCCCGCGUACGGCAGCCCCUCCCCAACACACCAUGUCCAAUGUGUUUCUUUCCAUUUUCCAGAUGUGAAUGCGUUGUACCGAAAUUUGCGCUAUUUCUAAGUCACUGAACGUUUGCGCACAGCAGAUAGCGUAGGCAUACAGGCAUUGCAUACUGACCGAUCGGUGAACUGAUCGAUAUUCGCUGUUAGCAACAUACGUGUUUAGGCCGCUACGAUCCGAUGCAGAUUGGGAUCUUCAAAAUUUUAUGUUCACAAAGGCAGGCUCCAUAGCUAGAAACGGAAAGAGAUCGGCAGGUACGCCAAGCAGCGAGCAACAGGUGCACCGCCAAUGCACAUGGUCACCGGUAAACAGUCAGCACACUAUACAUAGUCCACGAUAUUCGCGCACUGAUCAGGUUAGCGUCUAGAAUUGAUUCUUGCGGUUAGCAUUUAUGUGUUUUUGCGUGUUUUUUUGUAUUUUCGAAGGACGUGCAGGAAUUUGAUGCCAUAUCAAAUUUGUUGUUCGAGCCAACGGACAAAGUCCUGAUGCGGUGCAGGGUUAGCAAGCGGGUUCGGUUGGUGAUUUUAUGCGAACCAGUUUGUAAGGUUUGCUUCCAAGCGGCCAAGCAAAUUGUAUGUCACACGGCAAUUCGAUAUAAAUCACACUCGAACUUGAACUACUUGCGCAUCGACCGAUCACGGUACGCUUUGCUAAUGUCAAGCAUUAUGCAACCGUUGUGUUUGCGUACUUAACACCAUCCAUUUAGCCGAUUGUUCCUUCAUCACGAUUCAUGUAGGGUAUGCACAACAGUAGGAAUUUCCUUUCCUUGUUUUUUUUUUUAAAUCAGCUUCGAUUCUACCCCAGUUGCGAUAUGCGUGUAACGAUAUUUAUUUGUAAAGAUAGCAACAUCCAACUCACAAUAUGUGUGUGUGCGCGCGCUAUGCUGCAAACGCUGCAUCCAACAUCCCAACACAGCCACCCAAAAUUGUACAGUACAGCCACCAUCCAGAAUCCUCCAAAAAACCAACACCCACCCACACGGAAACUAAUAACCGGUACCGGCCAUUUUCUUUCAUCGAAAAGAUUGUACAAAGAGCGAACGAGAGACACAGUCUAGCACGCGCGGCGCCAGUUACUUAGCAUGCGUUGCGAUUGUAACAUGUAUAGACACCUUUACCAUACCACACUAUCCUUCCUUUUUGUACAAAAGCAAUCCUGCGAGCGUGUUUGCGUGCGUGUAUGCGAUAGUGUGUGUGUGUAGGUUAAGAUUGUUUGAGCGGAACGAACGUUUAGAUUGUUCGAACAGGUGGCAGUAGGCCACCCCCGGGGUAUGAACGAGUGGGAUUGAAGUUUCCGUAACACCUGAUGGUUCUUUCUGUACGAUACUUUACAUAGCAAUUAAUCGGUAACUUAAUAAAUUAUUGUAUAGAUGAAAUUUAA